AUGAUAAGGAAUAAUAUAGCGAUGGUGUGUGACUUCUUCUAUCCGCAGUUGGGUGGAGUGGAAUUCCACAUAUACCAUCUCUCACAGAAGCUGAUUCAAUUGGGGCAUUCAGUGAUUAUUAUCACACACGCAUAUGGUGAUAGGACCGGUAUAAGGUAUUUAACUAAUGGAUUGAAAGUUUAUUAUAUUCCUUAUCUUGUGUUGUACAGAGAAACUACAUUUCCUACUGUGUUUGCUAGUUUUCCAAUUAUAAGAAAUAUACUAAUUAGAGAACAGAUUAACAUAGUUCAUUCGCAUGUGAGUGUUUCCACUUUAGCUCACGAGAGUAUUUUGCAUGCCAAUACGUUGGGAAUAUAUACAGUAUUUACAGAUCACUCAUUAUACGGUUUCCAUACCAUUGGUGCGAUUUUGGUGAAUAAACUGCUAAAAUUCUCGUUAACAUGUGUGGACCAGGUUAUAUGUGUGUCUCAUAUAUGCAAGGAGAAUAUGGUACUUAGAGCUGAUAUUCAUCCAGAUAAGGUAUCGGUUAUACCCAAUGCAGUUGUUGAUAAGGACUUCAGACCUUUGGAAGGUAGGGAUAACACACGCCCUAAGGAAAGAAUCACAAUAGUGGUCAUCUCAAGGCUAUUUCCCAACAAGGGGGCGGAGCUACUAGCCCACUUAGUUCCAAAAGUGUGUUCUAUGCAUAAAAACGUAGAUUUUAUGAUUGCAGGAGAUGGACCUAAUUUUGUGCAAUUCCAACAAAUGAUUGAAACCUAUAGACUUCAGGACCGUGUGGACCUUUUAGGCGCUAUUAAUCAUGAGAACGUGCGAAAUGUGAUGUGUCUUGGAGAUAUAUAUCUUCACGCGAGUUUGACUGAAGCAUUUGGAACCGUAUUGGUGGAGGCAGCGUCAUGUGGUCUGCUCAUUGUGACUACCAAAGUCGGAGGCAUCCCAGAAGUUCUUCCAGAGCAUAUGACGGUGUAUGCCUCAGAAACAUCGGUUUCUAGUUUGGUAAUAGCUACAAAUAAAGCUAUUGAACUUCUCAGAAACAAUGUAGUAAAUACAUCCUCUUUUCACGAUGAAGUCUCCCAAAUGUAUGACUGGAUGAAUGUCGCUAAACGAACUGAAUACGUGUACAGCAAGAUCUUAGAGAAUCCUAACAACAAAAAUUGGAUCGUAAUGUUAAAGAAGUUUUAUGACAGAGGCAAUGAAUGGGCUAGAAUCUUAUAUGUUAUCUGUUGUAUCACCGAAUAUAUUUUAUGGUAUAUCAUAGAAUGGUGGUAUCCUAGAGACGCCAUUGAUUUGGCUCCGAAGUGGCCCAGAAAGAAACGAUUAAGUGUUAGCUAUGCACAAAACUAA